AUGGAUUUGCAGAGUAAGCCUAUAUACCCAUAUCCGUGGCUACUCGCCUGCCAAACCCUCGUGAUCUACUGGGUAAUAAUCACCACUGGACGGAUAUACGCAACAUGGGUGCUUGGGUUAUUUCACUUACUCUUCACGCUCCUAGAGGUAUGGGCGCUGCAGAAAGCCACCGUAUCCGGCCCCAUCCCCUAUGCAUUUACCAUCACGAACUCUCUCUUAGUUCUCCUCACUAUAAGCUACUACCGCGUCAUACAUCACCACACGGCAAUUUUCCGGGACGCAUUUGACAUCGAGUUCCGUCUCUGGCGGCUCAUUGGCCGCAGAGCCGACGAGAACUUGCAGCUAAAUCUCGGCCGGAGACUUAGACUCCAGCAGAUUACCCGCAGGAGAAUCAAGUAUGGAAGAAUAUUCGCUCAGGAGAUAGAAGAAAGGACUGUCGAAUCUGCACAUGCGAAGGCGGUGGCAUGUGAGGAGGAGACUGCAAAAUUCGAGAGGUUGGAGGCUCGACGCGAAGUGGCGUUUCAGGCUUGUCAGAGGUUCUCGCUAGAAGAAGAAGGAAGAGAAGCUGGGGAUGUUGCGGCUGUGACCAUGAGAAGGGUGGAUAUUGAUAAACGUACUGGCAAGGAUAUCCUUCGAUGGUUGUCGGGGAGAUCAAAGAAAAAUGUUCCGGUAGAUUACUUCUCCAAUCCCGACGAUUUGAUCAUUGGCUCGGUCUCUGUCACGGAGCCAAGCCAGAUAGAGCCAGCACUAUCACUGGUCGAAACGGCACUGGACCACAUACGAUUCUACGAUAUCAACUUCCCGGGCCGUGAAGAUGAGCGCCUUCACCCUACACAUACGCAGUUCAGAAGAGCUGUGGCUGUUAGCUGUGAGAUGAGGCAGUACGCACCCGAGUAUGUAAAGGGAAAUGUUGGGAUUUUGGAUGUUGAUGAUCCAAAAUGGAGUAAUGCUCGGGAGGAAGUAAAUGUUGAAUAUGUGGAGAAAGAUCGCGAGCUGGUUAGUUUGCUCACGGUAUCAGUUGAUCGAUACCUCACGGUGACAUUCCAUAUCGCAUACAUGCUGCAGCAUUGUGUAGAGAACACCCGUCCAAACCUCCAAACACUAUUCCAAGAUCUGAUCCUCAACAGACGCAAGGUCAAAAUCUGGAACAACCUCCCCCGCAGCAUCGCAGCUCUCGACGCAACACUCGAGCACAUAUUCCGCGGCCACGGCGGCCCAAAUCAAGAAGAAGGGCCUGGGCGCCAAAGAUAUCUCGCCUCGCUCCGCAAACCCUUCCGUGAAAACGGCCCCAACGACAUCCUCCGCACCCCUAGCUACAAAGACACCGGCCCCGACAACUUUCUCCACUUCAACAGGCCAACCGACACGGAGUUCCGACGCGGUCAGGGCGAUCCCCCAUGUCCUCUCCAGCUCCAUGGACCAGGAUUGGACUAUGCGGAUCGCACAUGUCCUUGCGAUAAGGGCAUCAUCGAUAUCACCGCAAUAGUUGAUUCCAUCCUCCGCCAGCACAGGUUCCUUGGGAUAAGCCACGAUGCCCCGCACGCGUUAAGGUCCUGGGCGGUACCACAUGCGCAUUCGAACCUCAGAUUCUGUGACCUUGUGAGAUGGCUCUUGGCGGGUCACAAGUGGCAGCCGUUCCUCUGCCAGUUCAAGGAAACCGGUCAACUUAAACCGCAGAAGCCAAACACCGAAGGUCUACAGCCAGAGGAGGCGGAGGAGUUUACAAAUAUAUAUAACAUGAAGUACAAUAUACACAAGGUGGAGAGGGACAAACUUUUUACUACAGGUGGGGAGACUAGGAAUAUAGAGAGGGACGAUAUAUGCCUGUCUUAUGUGGUUGGUGAAGCGGUCGGCCUGGGCUUGAUCCUCAGAAACCUACUUACGUGUGAAUCGCCCAUCCUAAUGGCGGAGAGGCUAAGUCAUUACGCCUAUAAACACACCCUCAAAGUCCCACCUUGCGCCUACGACACCAUACUCUUCAGAAAGCCUGUUGAUCGUACGAUCCUCCCACCUCUUGAGAAAAUAGAUUCAUUCACUCUUGGCCUCGAUGUGGACUCACCCGAAACCGCCUACGGCGCCCCGUCGAUCCCUACCUGGGAGAAACUCGCCUCUAACCCCGCCUGGUUUCUCAAACAAAGUACGCACGGUAAGGUCAGUAAAGAACUAACCUUCAGCAAUGUGAUUACCACAGCUUUCAUCUUGACUGGCUGGGAGCACCCCAUCUUGCCUGAGGUUCCAGACCCAAGGUUACCUCCGCCGAAACGCUUCGGGAUGACGACACCGGCGAAGCUGGCGAGGAAGCUGAGAGACGCCACGGCGGUUUCGCUGGCAGAGGUGGAUAGAGCGAAUAGGAGGGCAAAGCUCUGUGCGUUUGACCUGGUGGACAAGGCCUCGGAGGUGAACUUCAUAGCGGAGAUCGGGAACGAGUUUGGGUUAAGGCUGGAGAGGGCAAUAGAUACUCUGGGAGGAUCAAGGUCAAAUAUGCCUACCGUACCGGAGGAGAUACAGAGCGAAGAUAAAGGGAGGGUUGUGGAUGAGCUUACGAGAAAUGCAAGGUUGGCUGCGGGAGCAACUAGACAGUGUGCACAGUUGGUCUACGGCCUGAGAGCAACUGUUAUCAAUUUACUAGAUUUGAUAGAGCAGGGGGUAGUUGCUGCUUUACCCACUACAGUGGAAGAAGCAGUAGCUAAGGCGACUGCGGAUACGGCAAUAAGAGAAAUGGCAGUUGGCGCUUUAGAGAGAGCGAGUGAAGCAGAACUAGUAUCAAGGGCUGCUUAUACAUGUGCGGAGCGUGGAGUUAAACAAUGCAACGGAAACCUAUAUAAACAGAGCGAGGUGGCAAUACCAGCAGGGAAUAACCCAAAUCCAGAUAUCACGAUCACAGAGGACCCAGAAAGACAGAUAUUGGAGCUAGCCCUUGCUAAUGCAGUAGUAGAGCUUCGGGAAGCGUCAAAUGCAGAGUUGUUAGCGAGGAGGGCGGCAUUAGCGGAGAUAAACGCAGCAAUCACUCGCCGUGAAGAACUGGACGUUCUAUGCGAUGAUGAACAGUCGGCCUUAGACGGGACAAGAAGGAGAAGGCAAGGUGAGAGAGCUCAAUUCGCAGAGAGAAGGCCGGUCCUCCAGACGGCUGCGGACACAGAUAGGACAGAUCUUUUUGGUCGGGUAAACCUAAUCCGAAUACGAAGGGUAAUAAAUGAAGCGCACGCUGCCUUCGAUACGGCAAGGGAAAAUCUUGAACUGGCAAGGGCGCGUGAAGUAGCGGCGUGGGAUACGGAUGUAAUGAUGGCGCAGAGAAGGCUUAAAACAGCUACAGACUUUGCUGCGUUCACGACGGCAGAGAUGGACGUUAGUCCAUCACCGGCGGGCGCGGAGGCUCUCACCACAGCACAAGGAAGGCUUGAACCUGCACAAACUACUUAUCAUAACACUGUUGAGUCGGUUAUUAACCAUAGGAGAAAUGAGAUGGAGCGCUUGCUGACGGCCCGAGUUCAAUUGGAGGAUGCUUACUUGAAUUGCGUAAAUGGGACAUACCGUACAAUCCAAGGAGCCUAUGAUAGAACAACAUACGCAAUAGACAGGGAUUUUGAAGCUCCAGAGGAACUAGCAAUCAUGACAUCGACACACGAGUUGGUGGGACUGGCAGAGAUCAUAAACACACACACGAGACAAUUUAGAGAUAUGGUGGAAAACCUCUGCGCCCAAUCGUUGAGAUCAGAGAGAACCUCAAGCGAGGCGAGACAAAGCAUAAUACAGAAAGAGGCAUUUACUACACGUUUGCCAACCAUAAGUGCUGGAAAGCUUGUUGUCGAGGGUAACUUUGGACUAGCCCUCACGCUCCGGAACCUGGCUGCGAGGAAUUUCCGAGUCAGUUACAAGCUAAUGCCUCGAGAGCAUUCCGCCCCUUUGAUGCAGGAUUCAAAUCUAAGUAAUGUGACUUGGUUUGAGACAUUUAGAGAUCUGUUUGAAUGGCAUUGCGGAUUGGGAACUCUAGAAACUCCAAGGAUUACUGAAAAUCACCCAGCCAUAUCAUCAAAGGAGAGUGAAGCAGGAAUUCGGCAAGACCUUUUAGCCAUUGUCCAAGCUGAAGUACCAGACCCAGAGCUGCCUGCAGGGCUCGAUAGAAUAGGAGCUGCUAGUCACUUAUCAGCUUCUCGAAGAGCAAGGGAGAGACUCGCCCGGCUACAUAAUUAUGUGGACCUCGUCUCUGCCGAGAUUCUGAUCUUCAUGCUAGUGAGAGAGAUAUCUAAGUUUGAGGAGCUUGACGCAGCUCGAAGGUUGGUUCUUGGAAUUGACAGCGCUGUUUAUGACUACUACACGGUAGUCGGGCAUUCACUAUGGGAAUCAGUAACUAUUGAACGGGCCAAGCGUGAAUUUCAACUUGACAACUUUGUCUAUCAAGACGCAUAUUGGUUCAAACGUCUUCAGGUCCUUCUCGGACACGAAUUUGCACAAAACAUUUCCACUCAAAGUCCAUCAUCGAGACUGGUCCAGGAAUGUGGUGCUAAAGACAUCGCUGAUCUUGUCGAGAUGCUAAUCUUAGAGAUUGAAAGAUUCCUGAAAAUCUACAUAUAUCAGGAAGAGCUUGCAGAUUAUCUUAAAAGGACUAUUAUGAAUUCGAGCAGGUUCGGAAGGAGGCGCCUAGUCGCCAAUGCCAGGGCUCAUGCUAGCAAGCGUCCAAAAGGACCAAUCGGACCACGUGACAGAAGAUCGCCAAUGCAAAGAUUUGAAAGAGACACCGCUUUCAGAUCCGGCCAUUCGUCAGACAUGAAUAUCUUGGAAGAUGCUCGUGCGAAACUCGCUGACUGGAGGCUCCCAGAGUGGCUCAGCUAUCUGAUUCUCACAGGGCAAAAGAUAGACUACACCGGAACCACAAUAGGGCGGCUGCUUACACCUCCGCCCGUCUUUCUACUGCCCGACAUGACGAUGCCGCAUGCUCCGUGGAUGAGAGCGAUCGUAUCGCUUCUUAAUUCAGACCCUGAUAUUGAGCUAGACAGCUGGGAUGGGCUCCGCAAGUGGUGGAGAAACGGCAUUUACAUCCAGGGAAUUGGCCUGGCGGAUGAGCACGUGGAACAGGCGGUGCUCCCGGAUCUGGCAAAUAUCAUGCAGGAUGGGAGGGCGCCGAAUCCUGUGCCGCAGCGUGUUAUUCAGAACAGAAGGAUACAUAAUGCUACGCAUAGGGCGUUUGUGAAUACGUCUCAUUUGGCGGACAGAGGUUUCAACAUGCCCGAUGUGGUGCCACCUACGGUGCCCGCCGAGGUUCCCGCUGAGGUCCCCGCCGAGGUCCCCGCUGAGGUCCCCGCUGAAGUGCCCGCUGAUGUUCCCGCUGAUGCGGCCCCUGUGGGAGGGUAG